AUGGCAAAUAUUUAUUAUCAUGAUCAAAAUUUAUAUCAUUUUUUAUAUAUGUUGACAGUAUUUAUCCUUCUUAUACAAAAUUCAAUAUUAGCUAUUGCUCAAUCAAAUCAAUUUAUACCAACAGAUAUAUCUAAUUCUCGUUCAACAAUAACAGUAACAACAACAACAACAACAAUAUUAACAAUUUUAAAUAAUAAUGAUGAUAAUAAUAUUUAUGAAAAUGAAAUUGAAAAUAAUGCAGAAAAUAUCUAUGAUGAUGAUGAUGAAGAAGAAGAAGAGGAAGAUUUUAGAAUGGAUUCACCUUCAAGAACUGAUCCUCAAUUAAAAUUAAAUAAUAGUAUAACAUCACAUUUGAAUGAAGAAACACAAUUCAAUGAAUAUGAUGAUGAAAUAGGUUCUUAUCAAGAUGAUAGUGAUGAUGUAAAAAAUUAUAUGUUUGCUAAUACAAAACCUGGUAAUCGACCUGUAUCUAAACAUCCAAUAAUCGAUUCUAAUAAUAAACAAUCUUUUAUUUCUCAAUCAACAUCUCAAAUGCCAGUUGUUUCUUCACAUAUUUUGCGUAUUCUAUUUUCUAGACCAGCUAUUCUUAUUGGUAUUAUUGGUGGAAUAAGUAUUGGUAUGGUGUCAGCUAUUCUUCUUGUUAUGUUUAUAAUUUAUCGAAUGCGUAAAAAAGAUGAAGGUUCAUAUGCAUUAGAAGAAGGACCAAGCAAAUCACCAACACAUGCAUAUUCAAGAGUAGCAUCAAAAGAAUUUUAUGCUUGA